AUGGGGGAGCAGUGGGACAAAUUGGAGUGCACUUUGCCCCUGACCACAACUCCAGCCAUGGCGGGUGGAGAUGAACAGUACCAGCUUCUCCGAAGCUCCAACCCAGGACUUCAGCUGGAAAGAUCGAGGGUGGCGCAUGCAGGACAGCAGUAUCAAGCAGUGCAAGAGCUUUACUGGAGGCAGUCUACAAACAAGCGUAGUGCCCCAACGCCAGCACAAAGCGGGGCGGCUACUCCUGCAGAGGCGGCACAGGACGUGAACAUGGAGGAGGAACCAGGCACGGGUUCCUUGCUCCAGUCCUUUGCUAUCCAGGGCGAUGCGGCUUUGGAAGUUACAGUGGCGGCCUUAGGCAUCGACCCUCGCGACCACAACGCCGUCAAUCAAUGGCUCGAUAGGCCGGUUCAGAACAACCGGGUACGCCGUGAGCUCUCGUGGAUGUCUGCAGAUAACAGGUUGUCCCAGAAAUACGCUUGCGGAGUUCAGCUGUUGACGACAGGGUGGCCUCAAGGCCUAGGCGCCGUUGACCGGGAGUACCUCAUCGGCUGGAUCCUCAUGAACACGCCGAAGGUCCACACUUUCUGUCACGAACGUGGUUACGUGACGGACUUCAACCAGCAUGAGGUCAAGAGAUACUUGGGGGCAUUGGCGACGGACCCCGUGACUGUGCCAGCCAGCGGAGACUUCUACAGUACGAUGACAUUGCUCACUUUUCGAGCAUUCGACCUACGCUCUGUGGUACUGGAAAAGUUUGGCGGCAGCACUGGCUGUCCUGUGUUCACAGAUGAGAGGACACAGGUUAAAGGGCACCACAUCAAGAUCGAUUUUAAAGAUGACAUUGUUGCCUGGGCCAGAUUGUUUUACUUUGAGGAUCAAGGUGAAUUCAAGGGCCGUUUGGAGAUCACAAAGGAUCUUGAAAAGAUCCUCAUGUCGGCUCCAACUGAGACCACAACUCUUGAGACAACGUUGUGGUCCCAGAAAUGGAACCAGAUCCAGUGGGGGGCUCAGUAUGAACUUGACCAGGCCGAAGCAGCUGCCGUGUCAAAGGCACGAGCAGACUGCCCAGGAGGUAAAGGCCUCCAGCUUGGCAAAGGUAAGCGUCAUUGGUCAAGUGCUGCCACUCACACAAAUUAUUAUGAGCCUUUUCCGUUUCACUUGGAUUUUGUGGUUGUAGACAGUAUCUACUUCAGCUGGGACGAAAUGUGCGACAAAUUUCAGUGCCAGGAUAAGAAAGUGGGAGAUUACAGCGUUGCCACUCAUCAAGGGGCACCUCCCGCUAAGAUUGUGCAGGAACUGGGAGCCAAAGGUUCCACAGCAGCACCCUCUUCGACCACAACUCCUGCAAAAGGAAGGGGCAGGGGCAAGAGUCAGCCCUCCACGGGCAAAGCCUGA